UUUACGAACAGGCUUUUCUGACUCCGUUGUAAAUACGAAUGACAGAGGCGUUCAUAUUAAUGACAUUGCACAAUCAAUUGGGAACCCCGACUUGACUUUGCAUUUCAGGCUGAUGGAGUCACAUUAAUGUGUUUCCUCGUACCAACCAGCGUCCUGCCAGCGCAGAGAGGAAUACUGCCUUGUUCCACAGGUAGCUUGUGGCCAAUGCCACAGGCUCUACCUGCCCAGGGAAGUGGACUAUCAUUCAGACGAAAGAUCUUGCAAGUCGGCCCCGACAAAUAUCAUUUGGCCUGCAUAGUGAGUGGCUGUACGUCAGCCUGCAGAGAAAUUGGUCAUGUCAGACUUAAACAAAGAGCUGGUGGAUUUAGUGUGGGGGCGACCAACAAGCGGGGCAGUUUCAGCCUCCAUCUUUCGCAGAUGGACACAAGGGUUUGUGUUCAGUGAGAAUGAGCACACAGCACUGGAGCAGUUUGAAGGGGGGCCAUGCGCUGUAAUUGUACCUGUACAGGCUUUCCUCUUAAAGACUAUUCUCUUUAAUCGAGAGACUUCAAACUGGAGACACAUGACAGAGGAGGAGCAGAAAACGAUCCUGUGCUCAGCGCUGAGUGAAAUCCUGGAGUCAGCCUGUUCCAGCACCUCCACAGGGUUUUGCCUUGUGUCAUGGGCCAAGGGACAGAGCCCACAAAGCCACGCACAUACGAAAGCACAGACCCAGUCACAAGCACAGGACAUGCCAGUGCCAGAGAGCAGCCAACCCCUCGAGGGACAGCAACCGACUGCUUUGGCUGCUGAGGACCUUGGCUUUGAGCGAUUUCACAGUGUUCUUCAGAAACGGGUUGUAAUGUCUGUGUCAGAUCUCCAAGCCGAAGUGCUUUCUCUCUUCCACACCUGGAGGGGGUGCUGUGGCGUUUUGCUUUUCCUCUACUCCGUCAUCCUCACCAAGGGCAUUGAGAACAUUAGAAACGAGAUCCAGGACACGAUGGAACCCCUUGUAGACCCAGUGCACGGCCAUGGAAGUCAGAGUCUGGUGAACCUCCUUGUAACGGGCCAUGCGGUCUCCAAUGUCUGGGAUGGAGAUCGAGAGUGUUCUGGAAUGAAGCUACACGGUAUUCAUAAGCAAGCGUCAGUCGGCUUCCUCACGCUCAUGGAGUCACUGCGCUACUGCAAGGUGGGGGCUUUCCUAAAAUCGCCCAAGUUCCCUAUUUGGAUCAUUGGCAGUGAAACUCACCUUUCUGUGUUUUUCACAAAGGAGCUGACCCUGGUUGGUCCGGAGUGUCCCUCAGAGCAGGCAAGGAGGGUCUUCCAGUCAUUUGAUCCUGAAGAUAACGGCUUCAUCCCAGAUUCUCUGCUACAGGAAGUGAUGAAAGCCCUUGACCUUGUCUCAGAGCCAGAGUAUGUCAGUCUGGUGAAGAAUAAGCUGGACCCAGAGAACUUGGGCAUUAUUCUUCUGGGCCCGUUCCUCUUGGAAUUCUUUCCUGAUCAGGAUUCAGGAAUCCCGGACUCGUUUCCCGUCUACCACUACAAUGGACUCAAACAGUCCAACCACAACGAGAGGGUAGAGUACGUGGAAGGGACCGCUUUGGUGCUCGGGUUUGAAGACCCCAUGGUACGGACCGAUGACACUCCAGUGAAGCGCUGCCUCCAGACCAAGUGGCCCUACAUCGAGCUGCUGUGGACCACCGAGCGCUCGCCGUCACUCAACUAGUCUGGUUUGUACGUACAACGGACCACUACUGCCUCCAUCUCUCUCUUUAACAGACACACACACACACCCACACACACACACACACACACACACACACACACACACACACACACACACACACACACACGCGCGCGGCUCUGCUCAAGGGAGUUCCGAGAGACCGGGACCACAACCACAUACACGCAAACAUUCUGAAUGAGAACUUCACAAAUGCACCCAAAAGACUCCUGCAACUGUGUAUGCCUGAGAUUAAUUUUUUUCAGUCGAGAUUCAACUCACCUUUAAAUGAUGCUAUUGUCUGUUAAGCACGGCUUGCCAUUUGUCACACAGGAUGUUUAUCAUGUUGAAGUGUAGUGUGUCACACAAAGUCACACGCCGGCGCGCAUAUUUUAAGAGUUGUUCCGACAACUCGACGACUGUUUGAAGGAACGACCAAAGCCUUCCACGUGAGAACACGCAGAAGUUCACUCUCACUGCUAAACGUUUACAAUGUUAGGACCAACGGAGGCACUCAAGCAACUGUGGAGGCUUCUUCAAAUGACUUCAAGAACAUGUACGACAAUGUACCUCAUGCACCACAUUGAAACGUUGUAUUUAUUAACACGCUCACAGUUCAGAUUGUGGAAUAAACACUUUAUUUGGCAUCUUC